ACCUUGUAUUAGACCCUUUGCCUCAAACCUUCUUCCCUUUAACAUUCUUUCAUUUGCAACUAUAUAUAAUUAUAUGUGCAUAUAGAUAGACAUAAUAUAUACCAACAUUGUGUUUUGUUUUGGUUUGGUUUGGUUGGUUUGGUUUGGUUUGGUUUGAGAUAUUUAUAUACUUAGUCUUCUUCUGUUUCUUUCUCUCUAAUUCUUCUUCUUCGUCAUCUUCUUGAGAGAUCGUGUUGAUUGGUGUCACUCAAAAUGGCUCAAUUGCCACCAAAAGUUCCAAACAUGACACCCAAUUGGCCAGACUUUUCUUCUCCUCACCAAAAGAUGCCUUCCCUCAAAACCAUGGCACCAAACGUCUCAAACCAAAACCCUUCAUGGGUGGAUGAGUUUCUUGACUUCUCAGCCGCCAGACGCGGUGCUCACCGCCGCUCGGUGAGUGACUCCGUCGCCUUCCUGGAGGCACCAAUGCUGGAUCAUCACUGCAAAAGCCGCGGGAGUGAUGGUGGUGGUGACAAUGAGAGCGAGUUCGAGAGGUUUGAUGACGAACAAUUCAUGUCCAUGUUCAGUGAUGAGGCUUCAGGGAAUAAUAAUAGUAAUAAUAAUGACAAUGAUAAUAAUAAUAAUAUCAACUACUACCAUAGUAAUAAUAACACCAUGAUGGCACUCACGGUUUCCUGCUCCAACCCGUCUACACCCUCUGAUCACAACAGCAUCAACGAUGAGAAGGAGAUGAUGAACAAGGAAAAGGAGGAGGAGCAAGAGAAGAAGCAAGUGAAGAAUGAGUCAGAUGAGGAUGAAAGCCAAUGCAAGCAAGAAAUCACACAAAACCCCGAUGAUUGUAAUAAUAGUAACGCAAAUGCAGCAACUUGUUCCAGUGAGAAAAUCACAGACCCCAAGAGGGUCAAAAGAAUCUUGGCAAAUAGACAAUCGGCACAGAGAUCAAGAGUGAGGAAGCUGCAAUACAUUUCUGAGCUUGAACGAAGUGUGACUUCAUUACAGGCUGAAGUUUCUGUAUUGUCUCCGCGAGUUGCAUUUUUGGAUCAUCAACGUUUGCUUCUAAAUGUUGACAACAGUGCUUUGAAGCAAAGAAUCGCCGCGCUGGCCCAAGACAAGAUCUUCAAAGAUGCACAUCAAGAAGCACUGAAGAGGGAGAUAGAGAGACUGAGGCAAGUGUAUCACCAACAAAACAUAAAGAAGAUGGACAAUGCUGCAGGAUCAACAUCCCAAUCACCAUUACCAUCUCCAAAACCACGAUGUGACACACUCACUGAAAAGGAACAACUUAUCAAUGUCUGAAGUUUGAACCCUCCCUUGAACACUGACUCAACCUGUGUAGACUUUGAUCAAACAUGUCAAACAUGUAAGCUAGCUUAGAUGAUCUGUGAUUCCUUUCAAUUUUAGAAAAGAAAUUGCAGAGUUAUGGAAAUGGAAGAAAAGAAAAGAAAAGAAAAAUUGAAAUACGAGUUUAUAAGAGUAUUGUUGUUGAAUCAGAAUAUUAAACUUGAUCUGAAGAAAAGAUUUGAUGAAAUAUGAAUGCAGAUUAUGGAUUGUGAUAGAAGAAUAAGACUAAAAGUAGUUAUAAAAGUUGGUAAGAAGAAAAAGGGUGAUGAAUGGCAUGACGUAGUGAAGGGUAGGAAGAGGGUGAGAGAUUUUAUUAGGCAAUUGAUGAAGGAAAUGUUCAUAAUGGGGACAUUGCAAUUGGUGGUGGUAGGCUUUUGCUAUCAAACUGAGGCAGUCACGUGAUGUGUUUGCUUUAAAGAAAGGGACCACUCAAGUUGCAUGAUUGGAAUGCAGGGAAACACAUGUGCACCAGUGACAUCAAAGAAA